CGGCUGCCCCAGCUCGGCAGGCGGCGGGCGCGCUCGGGGCCGGCGGGCCCGCGGUGCUGAUCGCUGCCCGCCCGCCCGCGCCGACCCCGGGGCGCGGCCAUGGAGGUGGUGGGCGACUUCGAGUACAGCAAGCGGGACCUCGUGGGACACGGGGCCUUCGCCGUGGUCUUCCGGGGGCGGCACCGCCAGAAAACUGAUUGGGAGGUAGCUAUUAAAAGUAUUAAUAAAAAGAACUUGUCAAAAUCACAAAUACUGCUUGGGAAGGAAAUUAAAAUUCUAAAGGAACUUCAGCAUGAAAACAUUGUAGCGCUCUAUGAUGUUCAGGAAUUACCCAACUCUGUCUUUCUGGUGAUGGAGUAUUGCAAUGGUGGAGACCUGGCAGAUUAUUUGCAAGCUAAAGGCACUCUCAGUGAAGACACCAUCAGAGUCUUUCUGCAUCAGAUUGCAGCCGCCAUGCGGGUCCUGCACAGCAAGGGGAUCAUCCACAGGGAUCUCAAGCCCCAGAACAUCCUGCUGUCCUAUGCCAAUCGUAGGAAGUCCACUGUCAGUGGUAUUCGCAUCAAAAUAGCGGAUUUUGGUUUUGCUCGUUACCUACAUAGUAACAUGAUGGCUGCAACGCUGUGUGGGUCUCCAAUGUACAUGGCUCCUGAGGUUAUUAUGUCUCAACAUUAUGAUGCCAAGGCCGACCUGUGGAGCAUAGGGACAGUGAUAUAUCAGUGCCUCGUUGGAAAACCACCUUUUCAGGCUAAUAGUCCUCAAGACCUAAGGAUGCUUUAUGAGAAAAACAGAAACUUAAUGCCUAGCAUUCCCAGAGAAACAUCACCUUAUUUGGCUAAUCUCCUUUUGGGUUUGCUUCAGAGAAACCAAAAAGAUAGAAUGGACUUUGAAGCAUUUUUUAGCCAUCCUUUUCUUGAGCAAGUUCCAGUAAAAAAAUCCUGCCCGGUCCCGGUGCCCGUGUACGCCGGCUCCGCCUCUGAAGGUCCCUGUAGCAGCUCUCCAUCCUGUCGCUUCGCCUCUCCACCUUCCCUUCCAGAUAUGCAGCAUAUUCAGGAAGAAAACUUAUCCUCCCCACCAUUGGGUCCUCCCAACUAUCUCCAGGUGUCCAAAGAUUCUGCCAGUACUAGUAGCAAGAACUCUUCUUGUGACACGGAUGACUUUGUUUUGGUUCCACACAGCACCUCGUCAGACCACUCAUAUGAUAUGCCGAUGGGCACUGCUGGCAGACGUGCUUCUAAUGAGUUCUUGGUGUGUGGAGGGCAGUGUCAGCCCACUGUGUCCCCUCACAGCGCAGCCACCCCCAUUCCCGUCCCAACUCAGAUAAGGAACUACCAGCGCAUAGAGCAGAACCUCUCCUCCACUGCCAGCUCUGGCACAAAUCUGCAUGGCUCUCCAAGAUCUGCGGUGGUACGAAGGUCGAACACCAGCCCCAUGGGCUUCCCCCGGCUGGGAUCCUGCUCCCCGGCGCCGGCAGACGCAGUACAGGCGGUCGGACGAAGACUCUCCACGGGGUCUUCCAGGCCUUACUCACCUUCCCCUUCGGUUGGCACCAUUCCUGAGCAGUUUAGUCAGUGCUGCUGUGGGCAUCCUCAGGGCCAGGAAUCCAGGAGCAGGAACUGGUCAGGCUCCCCCGUGCCGCAGCCUCCGUCGCCGCAGCCACUCUUGUUGGGUGCUAGACUGCAGAGCGCCUCCACCCUCACCGACAUCUACCAGAACAAGCAGAAGCUCAGAAAGCAGCACUCGGACCCCGUGUGCCCGUCCCACGCCGGGGCUGGUUGCAGCUGCUCCCCCCAGCCCAGUCGGCCCAGCAGCCUCGGCACCUCUCCCACCAAGCACGCGGGGUCCUCCCCACGGAGUUCCGACUGGUUCUUCAAAACUCCAUUACCAACAAUCAUUGGCUCUCCUACUAAGACCACGGCUCCUUUCAAAAUCCCGAAAACGCAAGCGUCUUCCAACCUGCUAGCCUUGGCCACUCGCCGCGGGCCUUCUGAGGGGCAGUCGAAAGAUGGGAGUGACCCACGGGGCUGCUCUCACUGUCUCUCAGUACAAGGAGGGGAGAGGCAGACGUCCGAGCAGCAGGUCAGGGCAGCGUUCGGCAGAUCUGUCAGUACUGGGAAAUUAUCAGAUCAACCGGUAAAAACACCUUUAGGUGGACAUCAGGGCAGCACGGACAGUUUAAGUACAGAACGACCAAUGGAUAUAGCCCCUGCAGGAGCCUGUGGUGUUGCACGGGCUCCUUCUGUGGGAACAGCAGCGAGUCCCAGGGCUGUGCUGUUCACGGUAGGGUCUCCUCCACACAGGGCCGCGACCCCCGCUUGUACCCAUAUAGUCCUUCGGACAAGAACCACCUCAGGGGGUUCCAGCGGCUCCGGAGGCUCCCUGGGCUCCGCCGGGGGCCGCGUGUCUGGGGGCUCCCCGCCUGGGCCGUGCUCGGGGUCUCCCCCUCCGGGAGCAGAGGCAGCUCCCAGCCUGAGACACGCGCCGUGUGGUGCUUCACCCCCCAGCCUGGAGGGGCUCGUCGCCUUCGAAGCCCCUGAACUGCCCGAGGAGACGCUGAUGGAGCGAGAGCACACAGACACCUUCCGCCACCUGAACGCAAUGCUGUUGUUCACGGAGUGUGUGCUGGACCUGACGGCCGUGCGCGGGGGAGACCCGGGGCUCUGCGCGUCCGCGGUCUCCUUGUACCAGAUCCAGGAGAGCGCGGUGGUGGACCAGAUCAGCCAGCUGAGCAAAGACUGGGGGCGGGUGGAGCAGCUGGUGUUAUACAUGAAGGCCGCACAGCUGCUGGCAGCCUCUCUGCAUCUCGCCAAAGAGCAGAUCAAGUCCGGGAAGCUGAGCCCGUCCACGGGUGUGAAACAAGUUGUCAAAAAUCUGAAUGAACGAUAUAAAUUCUGCAUCAGCAUGUGCAAGAAACUUACAGAAAAGCUGAAUCGCUUCUUCUCUGACAAACAGAGAUUUAUUGAUGAAAUCAACAGCGUAACAGCAGAGAAACUCAUCUAUAAUUGUGCUGUAGAAAUGGUUCAGGCUGCAGCCCUGGAUGAGAUGUUCCAGCAGACUGAAGAUAUUGUUUAUCGCUAUCAUAAGGCGGCCCUUCUUUUGGAAGGCUUAACUAAGAUUCUCCAGGACCCAGCAGAUAUUGAAAAUGUACACAAAUAUAAAUCUAGUAUUGAAAGGAGAUUGUCGGCCCUCUGCUACAGCACCUCGACCUCGUGAGCCGCAGCAGGCCUGCCGCCAGGACCAGUGGUGGGUGUGAGGCGAUGCGUUGGGGAGCACAGCUUGGACCCUGUCGCCCCGCCCCCAGGAAACUGUAGGUUCCUGCACGGCGACCACCAAAGAGCAAGCAGUGGUUUCAGAAAGGAAAAACAACCCCAAAACUACCUGCCUUAUCAGAGAAGUCACCCCUUCCCUUUUUCUUUGUAGACGCGGAAGCAAGAGUAUUCCACUUGGCUUUCAGUUUGAACUUGGUAAAUAAAUGUACCUUAGAGCUGGAGUUGUCAGUACAGUUAUUCUUAAGGAUAAUUAGGAAUGAAACGAUGAGUGGCUCUUCACGCCACUCACCAGAGCAAAGUGUGGGGUUCCACACGUUCACUGAGGCGAAAAAGUAAAAAGCCACGUCUCAUCCAGGCAGUUUGAUACUCGGGGUAAGUUUAUCUGAGUCUGAGCACGCGUCCAUAAACAGCUCAGGAAGAAAUAGCUUAAGAAGGAAUGAAAGACGUCUCUUGGAAGAAAUUGUGAAAUCUUCAAUUUGAUCUAAUAUGGACACAUAUUAAUAAUCUUCUAAAAUCUUUCAUAUUGCACUAAUUUAUUAAAACAACUGUGUAUUGGAUUUUGCAAUUUAAAACUAACUGAGGCACAAUGGACUUGUUUAAAAUAUUUUACUUGAUUAUAUACACGUACCCUUUCCAGAAUUCACAGGCAAUCUCUCGUGGACUUUUAAGUGGUAAAAACUUGUGUUGUGUGAACCUUUGCAUUUUCUUAACCUAUUCGUCUACACCUACAGGUUUUCUCAGUGACAUUUUUAAGUUGCUGGUUGUCUGCUUCUGUUUGCAUCUUUUGCUGUGCAUGCAGAAUGUGCAUUCAUGCCUAUGACCUAGGUUUACUAAAGGCUAGGUUUAUUGGGGCAGUAUUAGAACAAGUGUCAAUCCAGAGAUACUCUCAAGAAUUGUAAUAGGGCCAAAACAAAGUUGGUGACUUAAAGGCUUACUAGUGAUGUGGAAUUUUACAUGAAGUUAGUGAAAAAUGAGGUUUGUUUUCUCUUAGGAAAAUGGGCAGCUCUUUCCAGCCUGUGUGCAUUUCCGUGUUAACCCUGACAGUUCACCAGAUAGCUAGUCAUGGAGAAUGUGGGCCCUUAACAUCCCUCUAGAAAUGGUGCCUACGUUGUACAUUAUUUCGUUUCUCUUACUUACCUGCUUGAAUACUUGAAUAAACCAUUCUCCAGUUUUAAUCCUUUUAGAUAAUAUAAUCUGAACUCUGACAAAUUGCACAGACGCUCUUUGGCAUUAAUCUAAUUUAGUGUAUUGAUAAAAACAGAAACAUGGUU